CAUUUACUCACUCUCACUCUGGCUCUCAGUGUCUAUGUCCAGACUGCUGCUUCAGACCUCACCACCCCUUUCCAUUCAGACCAACUUUGAGCCACACUUCUGAGCGUGUGAGCCAGCAUUUCAUCCACAGUCUGCUGUGCACUUUCAGGAGCCUCUUCACGAACAGUGACCAAAAGUGACCAUGGUGAGGAUCAUACUACUGCUACUGGUCACCCUGACGGGCCCUUUCUGUACCUUUACCCAAGCAAGUACUCUGGUGGUGCUAACAAAUACUGAUUCAACUUCAGAACCAAAUCUUGCAUCAGAUCCGCCUGUUUCCACAGCCAAAACAGUGGAACCAGCUCCUCAAGAUGCUGUUUCAACGCCAGAGCCUGCUCCUCAGACUACAAAAGCAGCUGCCUCAACAGAAGUGCCAGCGGUUUCCACAGCAGCACCAAUGAUACGUUCAGAUGCCCCAUUAGCAAUAACAACCCCAACAGAUACAGCACAAUCAACAGAAGCUGGACCUAAAGGGACAGCCGGCCCUGAAGCCACUGUCAUUGCAAGAACAGAAGAAGCUAGGAAAACUGAAGAAACAAAAUCAGAGACAGCAGAUAAAGAGGAGGAUGAAGGUAUGGCCACAGGACAGUUGGUGGGGAUCGUAAUCGGUGCAUUGAUCCUAGGGAUUAUUGUCAUUGCUGUGAUCAUCUUGGUGGUCAGAAGAAUGGGCCAAUACUCCCCCUGAAAAGAAAGGCACGACAGGAAGAGAAGAAGAAGAAGAAGAAAUCCGGGAAGUUCUGAACUAUUGUUCUGAUGUCAAAAUCAAUGCAAGCAGCACUCUCACCAUCCAUCCAGGACUGUACGGGGAGCAGGAGAGUGUCCCAUCCCCUGUCCCAUUAAAAAAAGAUGCCCUCCCACAUAUACGCCAUCCCAGUGCCCACAAGUCCCUUUAUUUAGCAUGAAAAGUCUCAUUUAUCCCAACACUGGGAGGCCACAGGUAGUUACAGUAUCUUUUUUUAAUGCAUAUUAGUGUAACAGGAGAAUAAAUGAAUGUUGAAUUUGUGAAGGGCCUAAUAAACAAAAACAAAAAACAGCUGCCCAUGCAAGCAAAAGCUUGUAUGUUUUUAUUCCACUGAGUGUAAAAAUCAUACAGAAAAAAAAAAUAAUUUUUCUUUUCCCCAUUCUACAGAUGUGUCCAAUAGGACUAUGACGCAUUAUGAACAGUCUAUGAACUGUCAUAAGCAGAUGCUGAGGACACAUUCUGUUCUCAAGAUGUGUAAGCGGCAUUAACUAAGAAAUAUUCUUUUUAAUUAUGAGUUAAGGGGAGCAGCACACAAUAAGUGCUUGAGAUUUACUUGUUUGAAGUGCAUUAAUACUGAGUGCCGGACUGUGCUGUUCUUAACUGUCACCCAUUCCAAAAGUGACAUCAUUUCCUCUGGAACGCAUAAAUUAUUGUGUGUUCCAAUCCGCUUAGCUCCAGCGCAUAGCUGCUAUUGGCAUGCAUCUUUAAAAUCCUGAUGUUCCUCAGCCUGACUACAUCAUUUUAACAGCAUACAGACAUUUUGCAUGGUAUAUUUGAGUUGUUUGCAUUUCUUUUUGUAAGUGUUGGGGUUUGCGUUUCUUUCUCGAUAGCAUUGCUAUCCUGGGCUUUGCUUUACGAGAUCAGUAUUAGGUGCACUGAAUUAUGAAGAAUACAUUUAUAUUGACAAGACACUGCAGUUGUUUGCAACGAUAUUUUGUGGUUUUGGCUUGCCAGAUUCCUCUUUAUUUUCUGUUAUUCCAUCAUCUCAUUUUGCCAUUUGAUGUCAGAAUACAGUUUGUCUUUGUGUAUUGUUUUUUUUUUCUUUCUUAUUGUUCAAUCAGUUUCAAUAAAAAUGUUCAAAAGUA